UUUCUAGGCAAAUUUUUUUGUCCAAAUAAAAUAACAAACGCACAGAAAGAGCUCAUUGAAAUUAGAUAUGCAUGCCUUGUUUCCAAGCUAUUUGUAGAAAUUUACAGAGAAGCAUGGCAAUGUCUAAUUGGUGCACCUAGCCCGCCAGUGGCCCACAAUUUUUCUGGGUAAAAUGGCCUAAUGACUCAUCAAAUCUAAUAGCCACACAAAAGGUGCUACUCCCACUUGAAGUGUCCGCCCACCGGCGGACUACCAUAACUCACUGAUACCUCCACUGCUUGGAUAAACCUCUCCAAUCACCAGAUUUCGGAAUCCUCCACCCAACUCAAAAUUGAACUGACCCAGAUAGGAAAAACAGUUUCGUGUUUGUAAAUUCAUCAUCUAACUAGUGAUACCAUCUCUAAUGAAUUCUAGCCCACAAGAGUUAGGCCAAACGAUACUUUAGUCUUCCCUUUCUUGGAGGCUGCAUGAGUUGUCAGGAAUUCUAUACCAAUUCGUUUAUCUUCAAGUUUGGGUACUUGAAGUUGUUGAAUUUAAAGCAGUUGAAACUAGUAUGGCUAUGGUCUCAGUUUCACACGCUCUCUCUUUCAAUUCCAAUUUCAUCUCGAUUCGGCGAGCGACUUUAUCGGCACCGCAUGCAUCUAGAAUUCGCUAUCGCCUCGCUACUCGCCGACGGAUGAAUUUCAAUUCUGCUUCUUCUCCAUGCAGGUUCUGCAAUUUAAAUUCAAGGUGCUUAAUUACAAAUUCUGAGUUACAAUGCAGCCUUGUUGUCUCUAAUGAUGAGGUCCCACAAGAUGUUUCAGGAAUUGAGCCUGAUUGUUCGGCCCCUAUUGUUCAUAUUAAAGCUGAUAUCCUAGAGGCUGAACCUCUGAGUUUGCUAGCUGAUGCAACUUACGCGGACAGUCUUUUGACAGCAUUGCCGGUUUUAUCGGAGGAGGAGCAAAAUGCACUUGCUGCAACUCCAGCCCAUCCAGUUGGAUUAUAUGCCUUUUAUGCUAGUUGCCUGGCUGGAAAUUUAGUGGAACAACUAUGGAAUUUUGCUUGGCCUUCUGCUAUAGCAUUGAUUCAUCCUAGCCUCCUACCAGUGGCAGUCAUGGGUUUCUUCACCAAGCUUGCAAUAAUUGUUGGAGGUCCUUUGGUUGGCAAACUUCUGGAUCAUUCUCCCAGAAUACCUUCUUCUAUUGCUCUAAAUGUAGUCCAGGUAGCUGCUCAGUUGUUAUCUGCAACUAUGAUUAUUCAUGCACAUACUGUUUCUCCCACUUCUGCAUCAUCCAUUCUUCUCUGUCCAUGGUUUCUUGUACUUGUUUUAGCGGGGGCUAUUGAGAGGCUAUGUGGAGUAGCAUUGGGAGUAGCUAUGGAGCGGGAUUGGGUUGUGCUGUUAGCAGGAAUAAAUAGGCCAAUUGCACUUGCACAAGCAAAUGCUGUUCUUAAUCGAAUUGAUCUUCUGUGUGAGAUAGCUGGAGCAUCCUUAUUUGGCAUUCUUCUCUCCAAAUAUGAUCCUGUGACCUGCUUGAAGUUUGCUACUGGUCUAAUGAUAUGGUCAUUGCCCAUUAUGAUUGGUCUCGCCUUGUUGACCAACAAGCUAUCUACUGGGGUGCUUGACCACACCAGAUUUUCUCAGACGUGUUGCAGAGAGUCGACUGGAGCAGCUGUGGAUGAUAACAGCAUAGUGGAUAGAGGUCUGGAAACUAUCAAACUUGGGUGGAAGGAAUAUAUGCACCAGCCAGUUCUUCCUGCAAGCCUUGCCUAUGUUCUCCUAUGCUUCAAUGUUGUUCUUGCUCCAGGCGGUUUGAUGACAGCAUUUUUAACACAGCGUGGAGUAAAUCCAUCUGUCAUUGGCGGGUUUAGCGGGUUAUGUGCUUUCAUGGGUGUUCUGGCAACAUUCUUAUCAGCAACAUUGGUCAAGCGAUUGGGCAUUUUGAAGGCUGGAGCAGCUGGUUUGGUAUUUCAGGCUUCACUUCUUACCUUAGCUGUCGUUAUUUAUUGGAGUGGAUCUCUUUCCCAUCAGAGCCCACUUCUCUUUUUCUUGGGAUUGAUUGUUUUAUCAAGGUUGGGACACAUGUCAUAUGAUGUUGUUGGGGCACAGAUUCUCCAAGCGGGGAUCCCAUCAUCUAAAGCAAAUCUUAUCGGGGCAACAGAGAUUUCAGUGGCGAGUUUGGCGGAGUCAUUAAUGUUGGGAGUUGCAAUAAUUGCAAAUGACAUUUCACAUUUUGGAUUUUUGGCAAUGCUGUCACUUUUAUCAGUGGUUGGGGCAGCAUGGAUGUUUUGCGGAUGGUUGAUGAAUCCAACAGAUGAACAAAGAAGUCUUUUUUCUUUGAGCCUAGGUUAUAAUUUUUAGUUUUCCGAUUGGAGGGAACGAAGAGCGAGGCCUUUUAACCAUAACAGGAGCCAAGCAAGUUAUAGACAUAUCAGAAUACAUGUUCCAGAAUCUGCAUGUAGAUAGCUACAGGAAGCGUGAGGUACAUCAUCUAUAGUCACUUAUUGGUCAGAGUUUCUAUAAUUGCACGGCUUAGUUGUAAAAGUAUGUCCCUUCCCUUUGUAUCAAACUGGACCAUGUAUAGUGGUGAGAUCGUUGAAAGCAGUUUCACUCCCACUAAUACUGUAAAACCAUUUGAAACAAAUUUGUAAAGCAUUUGAUUUAUUCAAUUCUUUGAGCACCAAUUAAAUUGGGCUAGCGUCAUAGUUGGAUCCCUUUAAGAA